AGGGUGGUGGUAGGGGGGCCCUAGAGAACUGGGGACCUCACUCAUUCUUAGUUACUCAAGACACCUCCUGCCUUCUCCCCACAUGCUUGCUGUUUAGUUAAUUCCUUUCCCCUCUGCCUCUCCAUUCCCCUUCAAGCACGUGCAUCGCGUGCCGACGCCCUCAUUGGGACUGACCGUGCAGCGAGAGGCUGCCUUGUUGAUUAGCACGCGGAAUGCUUGGGCCGAAGCACCCUUAGCCCAUUCCAGUGCCUGCGGUAGAUUGUUCACAGAAGCAGGCUGCUAUUGUUUAAACGGUCAACUUUCGUGUUUCCUUUAGAUGCUAAGAGAAUUCACUGCGGAUCUGAAUCUUGGGAAGGCUACUUAUCGGGGUAGGCUCCCUUCACGGCCUGUCCCACUAACUGAGUUGUUUGCAGCCUGGUCACGAGGGAUCUCAACCUUUGAUGGGUAUGGGGAGGAGGUCUGUCAGAAUUUUGCAUAGGAUGAUGAGAAAAGCAAUAAUUUGUGUAUUGUUUUCUUUGUUCUUCUCCCUUCCCCCAAGCCACCCCCUUUCCCAUUGAUUGAGGAAGGGGGAAUGUGAACCAUCGAUGUCUUCUUGUGAUCUAGUAUUUCUCUGUGGCAAAGCCUGUUUUUAUUGCUUCUCCCUCAUGCUCAGUUGGAAUUUUAAAUACUUUGUUUUAUGUACGUAUAGAAAGAGAAGGACAGAUUCAUAAUUGUAAAUCGAUGAAGCUGCAUUGCUUUCAGUGAAACUGCACUGAUUGACACCAGCAGAAGAUUUGGCCUAGAUUGUGUGUGUGUGUGUGUGUGUGGGUGUGUGUGUGUGUGUCAUGAUCUUUACCAAAGUGGCUUGAGAUUCCUGGAUGAAAGGUGCUGUACACAUGCGAAAGGAGGGGCAAAAGAUCAACUCUCAGGCCUCACAACCUUGACAAGUUUACACUGAGCAAUAUGAGGAAACUUGGGGUUUAGUCCACUGCAUUGCUGUGUGACUCUCCAACUCACUUAGGCCCAUAUUGGCAGAAGUACCCUCUGGUUUUUUUGAUGCCCAACCUUAAAUGCCUACGGCCUAAUUUUUCAGUGCUGCGGCGCAGCCACACAACCCAGUGACGUCCGUUGGCAUUGUGGCUGCCUGACACUGCUGAGCAGUUGCGGUUGGGCAGCCAAAAAAUUAGGGGCCACUUUGGUCUUUCUCUCUUUCAGCACUUCAGAGGCUCCAACUGUAAAAUGAGUAUGCGGGUACUUACUCCUGCUUCUCAAAAAUGCUUUCAGAUCUAUAGAGGAAAAGCUUCCGGUAAACAUGUUAAGGCAGGGGCGAGGCCUUCCUGUGUGUUUAUACAACACCUGACACAACUGGGCCAGAUCCUAUUUGGGAUCUCUUGGUGCUAUUGCAAUACAAAUGCAAAUUACCAUAUAUAUUAUAAACUUAAAAAAAGAGGGGGCAUCCAACUGAUGGCUUUAAUGCUCUGCUUUUCUGGCAUCACAGUGGCGAAGGGAAAGACGGAGCCUUUCUCUAAGCAGUCCCAGCUACACUGUGCUCUUCAUUCUUCAGACCAUAAACAAUUUUCUGUACUGCCUGAUAUUAAACACCUCUCCCCCUCUCCCCCCACCCUGCCCAGUGGCUUAUUUAAUGACAUAAAGGUUCUUCUGCCAGUGAAACAAAACUGAGAUUCAGUGAUGCCAAGGCUUCCUUUCAGCGCUUCUUGGGUGACACUGAUUGCCUUGUUUAACCAGCUGGAGGAAUAAACAGGCUUCCUGUGAAGGGGAAAAAUACUGUGUUGUCAAGUAUGUCUUUGGAGGCAGUGUUCGUCGUGAAGGUUUUUUCAUCCCCCCGCCCCCCAGAUUUGCUUGUGUUUACCUGUUGGCUCUUACACCCUGGGAGAAUGCUGCACUUCUAACCAGGCAUUGCUUCUGGAAAAACACUGGCUUAUGCUAUGACCGCCGCUGGUGAGGUUACUGGGGCAGUGUAUGCUGGGGAAUACUGCUCCCCCUCUCCCCCUGCACCAACCCCAUUCCCUCCUCUGGUAGGAGGCCGAAGUCAUCGCCUCCUUUGCUGAAAGCAAGUUCUAGCUGCAGUGGUGAUGCUCCUCAGCUGGCCACGGGUCAGGCUGUUCCUGCAGUCCCAGCCCUUUUGUUCCUCAACAGUGAAGGCAUAAUGGAACAAGAAGGGGAUCUUACCAAGCGAAAGGGGCAACUUCCUCUCUCUUACAUGGUGGUAAAGCAGGAGUAACUCCACUGAAGUUGCAGUUCUGCAACAGGAUGCAGGUGCCUAACUCCCUGUGGAUUAGGCACGUAAAGCCCUUUGAGUUCUGGCUUUAAGUCCUCUAAACCAGAUGCUUUCAGUAAAUAAGGCUAAAUGGGGCAAGGUGCUAGCUCACCAGGCAGCUCGGGACACCUGAACAUGAAAUCAGGGGGAGUCCCCUGUCACAGUGGCUUCACACUGCUGUAACUCCAUUGACGUAAUUCCCAGAGCAGAAUCAGGCCUAUGGUGCUUUGUUCUGCGAUGGAUGCAGUGGAAGUGGUAGCGUGGGUUAGAUGGCAGAGCAGCAGACACUCCAGUGGUCUAUUCUGCCUGUAACUUGUGGGAGCUUGAGCGUUAACUGCUCUGGGCCUGUUGCCCCACCCCUAAACUGUAGAUAAUGCUAGAGGGGUGCAUACUUGAUUACUGCUAGACUCUGCACUCACUGCGCACACCUGUGACUCCUUGCAGCCCUUCAUUUCCCCCACCCCCUGCCUGUGUGCUACCCUCCCCUCCCCCACUAUUUCAGGAGCUCCCAGCAACCCCUCCUAACGCCCUUCCUCAUGCCAGAGAUUCUGUGUGUUGCCUGGUCUCCUCUCCCCUGCAUCCCAGGGUCUCACAUGUCCCACCCCCAUUCAAGGCGUUUGUGUACCCCGUCCCCCAUUCCUCCGUCCACCAGGUUCUGUUCUCGGUUAACCCCUCCUCCUCACUCGAUAUCAGACUAUCCAAUUCUGUGCAAGUGUUCUGUGUGCUGCCCAUUGCCUCCUACGUAGGGUGUCCAUACGUCCCGUUUUGGCCAGGGCAGUCCCCUUUUUAAGCCCUAUCCCGGAUGUCCUGUCUUCUUUUGGCAAAACUCGGCUUUUGUCACAUAUUGCUUUUGCCAACUGAUCAAGAGCAAAGGGAACAAACGUACACUUUUCCAAAAAGUGGGGUGUGUCCCCAGGGUUGGGAGGGGGGUGGAGAGGUGUCCAGCCCGUAGCCCUGGGCACUGUGGGGUUGGGCCAUGUGGUGAUGCCAGGUGGUUCAGGCCAGCCCUACGCAAAGUCCCAUUUUUUUACUUUGGGAAAUAUGGUCACCUUACUUCUAUGCCUAUUACAGGGACUCUGUGUAUCUCCUUUUUAUGCUCCCUUUCUGCCCCCUGGCUGUGAAGGGACAGGUGGCUGGCUGGUGCUUUCUCUCGCGCGCGCACUUUCCCUCACCCUGGAGCAGGUUCUGUGGUGGCAGUGUGCUGGAGGGAGGGAGCCAUAAAGCUGCCUUGCCUCUCUUCGCCCUUGGGCUACCCUGGCUGGUUGUGAUCUUGGCUACACUAUAGAGUUUUGUUGACUAAAGGUACGCUGAUGUAACCCACACACCUCCUUGGUGUGGUGCUCUGUUCCCCUCUAAUGGCACUGAGUUGAGGCUCAUGCAUUUAGCAUUUAGGUCCCACGUUCACGCCCUCCUGCCAACGACUGGGGUCUGUCGGUGUUACACUGACAUAGAGCAGCUGUUUUAAUUAAACAGCUGCUGCAUGUCCACACUAUGCUCCUUGUGCCAGCAGAGUGCAUCCACACUAGCAGCUUGUGCAUUCCCACAGAGAGCAGUGCACUGUGGGUAGCUAUCCCUCUGUGCAACUGGCCGCGGGGUGCUUCAGGAAGGGGUUACGGUGCCUCAUGGGGCAGGUACGAUGUCGGAGGAUGCAGGUUUUUCAAUCCCAUCAUUCCAUGGACAGCCUACUAGACUGCCAACUGCCUUUCAACUGAAGGGGUGGGGGAGGAAGAGACAGUGUGAACUGGGACAGUGUGUAUGUGAGAGACACACACACACACACACCAACACACACUCUGUCUCUCUCACAUACACCCCCCCACACACACACACGCUUCCCCACCAGCACACACUCUCUCACACCCCGCCCCCCAGUGUGUGCUGGGGGAGUGUGUGUGUUGGGGGGGCCGACAUGCUGGCUCUAAGACAAACCAAUCUGCACAGCACAGCAGGAGCUCCCCCAUGUCCCCUCUGCAGCAGCAGCCCGCUGUGCCUGCCCGUGUUCCUCGUGCUGGGGAGAGCAGGAUUCCCGCCGAGUUCGCCCACAGACCAACGAGCCGCACCCUGCGCUGUUGACAGUAGCGGAUUAGCCACUGGGCUGAUAGGGCCCUGGUCAACUGGGAGGCCCCAGAAAAAAAAUCCACCGCUCAGUGCCCCGACUCUGCUCCCCAGCAGAAGCCGUGGGACAGGGGAAGACACCUGUGCCCACCCCAUCCCUGACAGAAGCCCCCCAGCAUCCCUCAACCCUGUUCCUGGCAGAAGCUGCGGGACGGGGGAAAGACCAAGCCCCUCCCCGACCAUCCUGGCAGAAGAUGUGGGGCGGCAGGGGAAGCCCCCACCGGCAGAAGCCUCCGGACAGUGGAAGACCCAGUGCCUCCCCUUCCCUGCCGACCCCAUCCCUGGCAGAAGCUGUGGGGCAGCAGGAGAAGCCCCAGUGCCCCGACUCGAUCCCUGGCAAUCACGCUGGGGGAGCGGGGCGGGAGAUGCCCCAGUGCCCAGACCCUGGGCCCCCACACAAGGGCAGGGAGUGGCAGGAGAAGCCCCAGCACAUGGACCCCUGCUGGGGCCCUGGGACUGGAGGAGCUUGCACGCCCUGGCGAGGCGCAGAGACAGGGCUUCUCCAAUCUUGGGGCCGAGGGAGGAGAAAGGAGCAAAUGGGUUUGGGGGCACAGUGGGGGGGAAUGUUGCCAACUUUCUAAUUGCAGAAAACUGAACACCUUUAACUUGCCCCUGCCCCGUCUCCAAGGCCCUGCCGCUAUUCACUCCAUUCCCCCCUCCCUCUGUCGCUCACUCUCCCCCACCCUCACUCGCAUCAUCAUUUUCACCGGGCUGGGGCGGGGAGUGUGGGGGCUGAGGA